AUGUCGCUAAGUAAUUGCACGACGCAAAAAGAACUUGCGAUCAACAAAAAGAAAGAGACACCAUGUAACAGGAGUCAGAUUGAAAAGAAAAAUUUUAAACUACGACUUUAUUUGAAACUGAAUCAAAGGUUUGAGAAAUUGGAGAUAAAUUGUCGACAUGAUUACGAUUCUUUACAAAGUUCUUUCAAACAUGGUAAUCCUCCUCCACGUUAUCAUUAUGAAAACAGAACAUUUCAUAACGUCAGAUCGAAUACAGAUUUGGGUGACCAGGAUUGUGAAUUAAGAAUCGUCAAAUGCAUCAAUAUUUCACUUCCUUCAGGUUACAACAAAGACGAUAUGAAAGUGUAUGUGUCCUAUGAAUUUCCCUUUCCAAACGAUCAACCUCAAACUGGCUUCACGGAAACCAUCAAACACAACAUUAAUCCUGUGGCAAUGGGGACUGGGGAGGAGUAUUUUUACAAGAGACAGAAUGGUCGUUUUACUUCAGUUCUUGAGACGUCAAUAAUAUCGAAUGUUGUGGUUGUAAGCUUUUUGAUAUGCUAGAACCUUCCCCCCUCAUUAAAUUCAUUAUUCUACAUCGAUGAUCAAUUACGCUGUUUUUUCGUAUAGAAUUUGAUUAAAAGUUUAAGAUAUCUAUCGACAAAAAAAAA